AUAUCAGGUUUAUAUAGCCUUGGGUCAAACUAUAACAUUGAACCUAUGGUAAAUGAUAAACCUUAGGACCAGCUCAUUUUCAAAGGUAAAUUUUAAACAUUCUUCCAUUUUUUGACAAGCAGCACUCAGCAUGGUGCCUGGCAUUGUGCCCUGGCGUGCGGCGCUGCGCUCCCGCCACCUGCGCCGACGGCUGUGUACCGCCGUCCGCCGGCCGCUCGUGCUCGGCAUUGAGACCAGCUGUGACGACACCGGGUGCGCGGUGGUGGACGGCGCCGGCCGCGUGCUCAGCGACGUGGUGCACUCUCAGCUGCAGGUGCACCUGGACCACGGCGGCAUCAUCCCGCCCAUAGCGCGCGACCUGCACGCGCAGAACAUCGGCGCCGCCGCCGAGCGGGCGCUGCGAGACGCCGGCGUGUCGCUGACCGAGCUGGACGCCGUGGCGGUGACGGUGCGGCCGGGCCUGUCGCUCUCGCUGCUGGUCGGCCUGCGGCACGCGCGGCUGCUGGCGCGCCAAGCCAGCCUGCCGCUCAUCCCCGUCCACCACAUGCGCGCGCACGCUCUGACCGUGCGCAUGGCGGCGCCGGAGGUGGCGUUUCCGUUUCUGACGCUGCUCAUCUCGGGCGGCCAUUGUCUGCUGGCGGUGGCGCAGGCGCCCGACCGGUUCCUGCUGCUCGGCGCCAGCAGGGACGACGCGCCCGGCGAGGCGCUCGACAAGGCGGCGCGCCGGCUCAAGCUGCGCAACCUGCCCGAGUGCGCCACACUGGCCGGCGGCCGGGCCGUGGAGCUGCUGGCGGCGCGCGGCGACCCGCACGCCUUCGAGUUCCCGCUGCCGCUGUCGCAGUACCGCGACUGCUCGUUCAGCUUCGCCGGCCUCAAGUUCACGGCGCAGAAGCUGGCGGCCUCCGAGGAGCAGCGCCACGGCGUGGUAGCGUCGGGCGUGGUACCGACAGCGGCCGACCUGUGCGCCUCGCUGCAGCACGCCGUGGCGCGCCACCUGUGCCACCGCACACAGCGCGCCAUGGACUACUGCCAGGCGCGCGGCCUGCUGCCCGACGGCGCGCGCCGGCUGGUCGUUUCCGGCGGAGUCGCCUGCAACGGCUAUAUCACCUCCUGUCUGCGCCGCGUGGGCGAGGCGCUGGGCUUUGAGGUGCACGUGCCGCCGCCGCGCCUGUGCACAGACAACGGCGUGAUGAUCGCCUGGAAGGGCGUGGAGCUGCUGCGCGUGGGGCGCGGCGGCACGCACGACCUCGACUCGGUGGACAUUGAAGCGCGCAGUCCGAUCGGAACGGACGUGUCCCAGGACGUGGCCGACAUGUCGCUCAAGUGUAAGUGGGUAAAACUGACGGGCCCAGCCGCUCAGCCACAGUGAAGGUAAAUAUCACCGGCUAGUCAGCACAGUUGUUCAGGUCUAGUGUGACGUUACGUGACGUGGUUAGGGAACGGUGACGUGUGGCCCUUCGUUGAUAGAUAUUAAAACGGUGUUUAUCGUGACAUACAUACUACGGAACACGAGAUAAACAACACGUGCAAUAAAUGUAAUGCCACUGAGCUAUUACCGCUC